AUGGAUGUAUCGAGCCCGGAAGAUUGGGAAAAGUUCGCCAGUCUCCUUGGUUAGACCAAGUUGCCACAAGUGGCUGAGAACUCUCUUCCGGAAAGGGUGACCGAAGUCAGGCUCCACUCGGAAGAGUUGAUGAGCGGCUAGAUGCCCCCUUUCUUCAUACUGAUCAAAGCCAGUGAAGCUCAUACUUUUAAAAAAUGAGGCUGAGAAACGACAAAGAAUCAAGAAACAAAUAAGAAAAGUCGUGCAAAAGUCUGUUCUCCUGUAAUUUCAGAGCAGUUGAGACCUCAAGCUAGUGGGUAUAGGAGCACGGAAGAUUGGGACAAUUGCGCCAGUCUCCUUCGGUUGAACCAAAGUGCCACUUGGCUCACAAUGCUCCAAGUGACGCGAGAACUCUCUUCCGCGAAGGAUCAACCUCACACUUACUGA